GUUGCCUUUACUUGGUGGAUACGUUAUCAGGAGAUCCAGAGGUUCUGCAAGCAGAUGCUGAAACAUACUAUGAAAAACUCUUGAAGAAAUCAUCGUUGAUGCCUGAUAUUUUUUUGAUCCCUGGAGGAGAGGAGGUUAAACUUGAAGAUUCCUGUGUGUCUUUUGUCCCUCUCUACCGAAAUAAUCCUGCUUGCAAAAUGUUGCUGUUAACUGACCCAAAGGAUAAAGAGACAGUUUUGGCAGUUUAUUUGAACCAGCGUUGGUGGCCUGUUGAAGAUGUAGUGAGGACAGCUGAUCCCUCCAGAGAUGGGCUCAUUUCGGUCCAGACGUUUGGAGAAAGGAUUGUCCUCUUUGUUCUGAACUGCAUUAUUUUUGGAAUGCUGGAAGGGAGUUCAGCUAACGAUGCAUUCUUUCUACCUCACUCUGCCACUGAGUGUGCCAAGAUACUCUGGAGAAAUGGUGAGGCUGUUGGCUUUUACUCGGUCAAGAUGAAAGGGAGCCUGUGUGAUGGUGCAACCAGCCAAUGUUACCUGCUGCCCGUCUUGGAUACUGUAUUCGUCCGGAGAAAGUGCAGAAGAGGUGGCCUAGGGAUGAAAAUGCUGCAUGAUUUCUGUCAGUCUUUCAUGGCUGAGGAUGCCUUGGGGAUCAGCUGCCCUAUUUCUGCUGCCAUGUAUCAAGUUUGCCAGAAAUUCUUGCAGACGUAUCCUGAGGAGCAGAAGAGACUGUGGGAGGUGGAAGCACCAGGAGACUGGAGCCAGCGAGCGAAUAUCUGGUUAAAAAUUCAGAUGGAGUCAUCCCCUUCAGGAA